AUCGGCUGCGUGAGAGCCUGCUCGGAACGUGAGAACCAGCCGCCAGGAUGGGCGAGAGGAAAGGAGUGAACAAAUACUACCCCCCGGAUUUCAACCCUGAGAAGCACGGCACCCUCAACGGCUACCAUGGCAGCCACCCACUGCGCGAACGGGCACGGAAGCUGUCCCAGGGCAUCCUCAUCAUUAGGUUUGAGAUGCCCUACAACAUCUGGUGUGACGGCUGCAGGAACCACAUCGGCAUGGGGGUCCGCUACAACGCAGAGAAGAAGAAGGUGGGCAACUACUACACGACCCCCAUCUACAGGUUCCGCAUGAAAUGCCACCUGUGUGUCAACUACAUCGAGAUGCAGACAGACCCCGCCAGCUGCGACUACGUGAUCGUCAGUGGUGCCCAACGCAAGGAGGAGCGCUGGGACAUGCAGGACAAUGAGCAGGUGCUGACCACAGAGCAUGAGAAAAAGCAGAAGCUGGAAACGGACGCCAUGUUCCGGCUGGAGCACGGUGCAGCCGACCGCGGGACCCUGCAGAAGGCGCUGCCCACCCUCAGCCACAUCCAGGAGGUGCAGAGUGCAUGGCGGGAUGACUUUGCCCUCAACAGCCUGCUGCGGAGAAGGUUCCGGGAAAAGAAGAAGGCCCAGCAGGAGGAGGAGCAGCGGGACCAGGCGCUGCAGGCCAAGGCCAGCCUGGCCAUCCCACUGGUACCUGAGACCGAGGAUGACCGCCGGCUGGCCGCGCUGCUCAAGCUACACACCCUGGACUCCUACGAGGAUAAGCAGAAGUUGAAGAGGACGGAGAUCACCCAUCGCUCCUGGUUCGGCCCCUGCCUGGGUCCGGGCGGCGGCAGCAGAGCCAGCAGCGGCGUCCUGAAGAAGCUGGUCCAGGCCCGCCGCACAGCACCCCCCAGCAGCCCCGUCGCUCCGUGCCAGCUGGGCAUCGUGCGCCGGCCCCCCAGGGACGUGCCCGAAAGCCUCCAGGCCCCCGCCAGGGCCCCUGAGUCAGGGGACCAGCCCGAGGGGACUGCCCAGGACAGGCCCGCAACCCUCCCAGACUGCCACCAGGAAACUUCCCAGACCCCCAAGACUGGUGGGCUGGAGGGGAACUGUCCGCAAGGGACCCCUUUAAGAGCAGCCGAGCCCCAGGACCCGCAGCACCCUCACAGCCUCGGCUCCUCCCUGGUGGCUGACUACUCGGACUCAGAAAGCGAGUGAGCCUCU